AGAACCGAGUAACGCUGCUGGCACAAGAGUUCCUCAACAGACACACGCAGAAGAUAGGAAGAAGCCAAAUCGAUGAGAGCAGCUUUUUGAACUGUUUCUAUACAAAUUUUCUUAAUUUUAAAGGCCCAGUCAAUUAAGCGCUGAUAAAAAAAAAUCAAUCGAUGACUCCGGGCAACAAAUUGAAAAAAAAAAUCAGGUCACGUGCACAGAUUAAUCAAAAAAAAAAAAUUUAAAUUGUAUAAACUUUUCACUUUGAUGAGACAUAAAGAAGUUUUGAAAUAUAUACAAUCACACUAUUCACAAUGGCCCAAGCUCCUUUAAAAGUCAAGUCCAAGGAAAAGAAAAGAAUCACAAAGAAACAGCAGAACCCAAAGAAGGCUGCUCCUAAAAUCAUCAAGCCAAAGAAUGAAAAAUUGGCUACAAUGUCUAAAUUAAGUAAAAGUUAUUCUGUCACUGCAUCAACUGAAAAAUUGAUUGCAUCUCGUGUUGGUCAUUUAGAAUUGUUGAAAGGUAGUAGAAGAGAAGUUGAAAAAGAACAAAAA